AUGCUGCGACCGGCGACACCUCUGUCGGUGCUGCUUUUUGCGGCAUUCGCCCUCCUGCUGCUCUCCGUGCUCUCGGCUCCCAUUAUCACGGCGAUACCCCUCGGUAGCUUCGCCGGCGUCGACUAUGGCGUCCUCGGGUACUGCAACCGCGGCGCUUGCUCCUCCAUCCAGGUUGGCUACGAUCUUAAUGGGCUUGGGGGACGCGCCAAUGACUUUGACCUUCCCGAAGGCACUCGCAACAGCCUGACGGCUAUUCUGAUCGUUCAUCCCGUCGCUGCGCUGCUGACGCUUAUUCUUUUCAUCCUCGCCGCUGUUGCUCACCUUCACUCGCCGUCCCAUUCGUCUCGCUAUCUCCUCGUCGUCUUCAUCUUCUCGACCAUCACCUUCCUGGUGUGCCUGCUGGCUUUCCUGGUUGAUGUCUUGAUUUUCAUCCCCCAUCUCGCCUGGGGCUCCUACAUUGUCCUCGCUGCUACCAUCAUGGUCGGCCUCAGCGGCCUCGUUUCCUGUGCCAUGCGUCGCACAUUGAUCAGCAGGAAGGCCAGGAAGGCUAAGAUUGCCGACAACGCGGAAAUGAGCGGAGAAAACUACUUCAACCGCGAGGCGCAGUCCAAGGCCGCCAUCUCUACCGCAUCACAACCCAGCAUGCCAGUCCUGAGCGGCGGCAACGGUGGGGUCGACAACUUGCCCGCAUUUGCAACCUUUGGGGACCAGAAGAAAGACGACCAGGUUAGCGAUGAGCGCAUCCCUCUCACCAACCGCAGUCCCAUUGAGAGGACCCCGAGCAACCCCACCUCAGAUGUGAACACAUACAGCAGUACCGCCCCGGCGUCGCGAGCUGGCUCUGUGCCUCGCCCUGAACGCGACCAAUAUGGGCCAUCCGACAGCAACCGACAGUUCGACCGCAUGAACUCGAGGGGUCGUGGAGGCAUGCCCCCUGGUGGAUACCGCGGCAGGGGUGGCUACGGCGGCGGCCGAGGCGGCUAUGGCGGCCCCCCGCCGAUGGGCGGAAGGGGGGGUUACGGCCCUCGUGGUCGAGGAGGUUACGGUCCUCCGCCGAAUGCCAGAGGUGGGGGGUACGGGCCUUCGCGGGGCGGCUACGUCGCUGCGGGUGCCAUGGCCGGCGGGGCCAUGAUGUCCGGGCGAUCCACCCCUGGUUACCAGAACGGGCCAGGCCCCUAUGAGAGACAACAGAGUCCUCAUAAUGCCUAUGCCGUGCCUUACGGAGGGCGCCCUGACGAGGCUGCGACCAAUUAUAGCGUCAACAACAGCACCAACCCCUCUUUGCCCGGCAGUUAUGAGGCCUACAACCCCGACAGAUCGAGCUUGCCGCGCGCCGAGUCGCCGCCACCCUUGCCCAGCGACGAACCUCGUGGCGUGGUCGGGCAGGCGGUCGAGAUGGAUGCAGUCUCUGGCAGUCCUGCUCAUGCCCCGCAGGGGUAUGGAUCUUUCGGUGGGCUUCGUGAGAGCGACGCAGACAUCGCUGGCAUGGUAGGCCUACAGCAGGGAGUACAAGACUCGUCCAACCGCCGCCAUGAUACGUAUAUGAGCGAGGGCAGCAAGUACAGUUCGGACGAGCAAUACAUGCCGCCACGCCAAGUCUGGGCACAGGGCCAAGGAAGGAACUCACCGAGCGUGCCGUCGCCGCUAGGUGGUUCCCAGCCAGCAGAGCUUGUUGGGCGCAACUCGCCACAACAAGCAGCUGCGCAGACCAACAACUACUACGAAGACAUUGACCCGCGCUUCGCGUCGUCGACGCCGCCGGCGGCAGCUGCCCAGCCACCGCCCAUGCAGCCCAACCCGCCGCCAUCCGACACCUAUGACUACCCCCCUCGCCAAGAGCGUGGCGCUCGUGCGCGUAGCCCCGGCGCUGAGUCUGAUCGCUCCAACUUUACGUCCAUCUCCCAGAGGAGUGUGAACCCCCGCUGGAACCCGCCUCCACCAAUGCCUGGCUACGGCGGCCAGCCCAUGCCUCGACGGGCGCCUCAACCCCGGCAGCAAGACGUGCUUCUUAACAACAACCCCGACUUUCAGCUGCCUGGGGCUCGUAGCGCCAACACCAACAGGGGUCCCGGCGCUGGCAUGAUACCUGGCAGUGCCUACCCUCAAGGGCCUCUUUAA